AUGCCAGAGCAAGAACGAGAGAAAUUAGCCAGUGUCAUCAGACAGUGGAACAACAACAGACUGGACCUGUUUGAAAUAAGCCAACCGGAUAAGAACCUGCAGUUUCACGGUGUGAUGCGCUUCUACUUCGAGGACCACGCUGCCGGCAACGUCGCCACCAAGUGCCUGCGGGUUUGCAGCAGCUCCUCAACUCGUGACAUUAUUGAAACGCUUUCAGAGAAAUUCAGGCCUGAUAUGAAAAUGCUGACCACUUGCUAUUCCCUUUAUGAGGUUCAUGCAAAUGAGGAACGUAGACUGGAUCUCAAUGAGAAACCUUUGGUCGUACAAUUAAACUGGAACUCAGACAACAGAGAGGGACGUUUUGUCCUUAAGAGUGACAAGCAGAAUAUGGAGGACAGCUGUCGUGGGCCGAUGGAAAAAGGAGGUGUGAUUCAAAACUUCAAGAGGACACUCUCAAAGAAAGAAAAGAAGAAAGAGAAGAGGAAAACUCAGGCUGAGGAUGGGUCACCUGAAAAGCCGCUGAACAACAACAACAUUCAUGUUUCUAACCCCGAUACACAAAGCCGUGACCAGCGGUGCACGGAAAACAAAAAGCAAGAACGCAGGCAGUCUGACCCGGGAAGCCUUCAGUCUAACUUCUCAGAUCAACCUGGGCUACCAAUUGGAAUUAAAUUCUGUGAUAACUCGCAGGACGCCUUCUUGUCUGCAGUCAUAAAUUACACCAACAGCUCCACAGUUCAUUUCAAGCUCUCACCUGCAUACACCCUCUAUGCAGCGGGGCGCUUCGCUCUCCAACGCCACUGCAGCCGAGGCUCCCUCCCCUCAGGACAGGAACACAGAGUCACAUCUAUCUCAAACAAAAUGGUGGACAUGACAGAGAAGGUCAUUCAGAAGCAGCAGGCCAUCGCUGGUGCUCUCGCCUUCUGGAUGGCCAACUCCUCUGAGCUUUUAAAUUUCAUCAAGCAUGACAAGGACCUGAGCCCGCUCACCCAGCGAGCUCAGGUGGCUCUGUCCCACCUGGUGCACACCGCCUACAAAUGCCUGAUACAGUGUCUCCACAUGGAGCUCAGGAAGCACUUACCAACGUUUUUGAUUGAUCCAGAGCAACACGGUGCCCUGCCUGCUGGCAUUGAGAUGGUGCUGAACACCUUGAUGAACACCAUGUCUCUGUUACGCCGCUGUCGGGUCAACCCUGCCCUCACCAUCCAGCUCUUCUCGCAGCUCUUCCACUUCAUCAGCGCCUGGCUCUUCAACCAGCUCAUGGCUCCGGAGGCUGCCACCCUGGGCCUGCGCUCGCAUUACUGGGGCGCAGCGCUCCGCCAGAGGCUCAGUGCGAUAGAGGCCUGGGCCGAGAGGCAGGGCCUGGAGCUGGCCGCUGACUGCCACCUGGGCCACAUCGUCCAGGCAACGACGCUCUUGACGAUGAAUAAGUACUCCAUGCAAGAUGCGAAGGACAUCCAGAAUACCUGUUUCAAGCUGAACUCGCUGCAGCUGCAGACUUUGCUAACAGGCUACCUCUGUGCAACCAAUGAGCCUCCCAUUCCCCCUGACUUGAUCGACGCCGUGGUGACGGCUGCAGAGGCCUCGGCAGAUCACCUGCUCCGCAGUGAAGGACAGGACGUCCAGCUGGAGGAGAGCCUCGACCUCCAUCUGCCCUUCCUGCUGCCUGAGGGAGGAUACUCCUGCGACUCAGUGAGGGGAAUUCCUCCAGGCUUAAGGGAAUUCUUGGAGCCAAUUUGCUACAAAGGUAUCUGCUCUUUAAUAUCCCAGCCCAACGUCAAAGGCCACUGGACUGUGUUCUUCGGUGAUGCAACUUCUUCUGCAGAGAGCUCACGUGAGGUGGCAUUCAGAAAGCCAGAAAUUGUGACGAUCACGUUGAAUAAACCUUUGAACAGUGGAAUGGGAGUCAGCAUUGUGGCUGCCAAGGGAGCAGGGCAAGGUAACCUUGGCAUUUACAUCAAAUCUAUUGUCAGGGGAGGACCGGCAGAUAUGAAUGGCGGGCUGGCUGCUGGUGACCAGUUGCUGAGCGUGGAUGGUCAAAGCCUGGUCGGCCUCAGUCAAGAGAGGGCAGCAGUCAUCAUGAUGCAAACCAGCCCCGUUGUGACUCUGCAGGUGGCAAAGCACGCAGCGAGCUUCCACGGUUUGGAGGCCCUGCUUGGUGAACCAACCCCAGUGAGAAACGCAGGUAGGAACAGACGAAGAAUCAAGCAUUGUAAUAUCAGCCACGGCCUCACGCUGUACAACAGUGUGGCUAACAGUCCCGCAGAGACCCAGCAUGGAGCCAGCAAAAAAAAGAAAGACCAGAUAAUGCAGAGGAACAGACAGCUUUAUCGGUCCAACCCAAAUAUGACAACAGACUCUGUCCCUGAGGAUGGAGAAGAACCCGUCGACCCGGCUAUAAGAGGAAGCCGAAUCUCUGCUGUUUCCACCAUCAACCUCAGCACAGAUACGUAUCAAAGGGAAUACUUGACACUACCAACCCCUAGAUCCCAGGACAAGGCGAUAUCCGAAUUUAGUCAGCCACAGCAGACGUUCAAAGUGUCCCUGAAGCCUUUAGAUGGACAGAGCUCCUGCAAGAGGACCUUUAUGCGUCAAGCCGUCUCACAGGAAAACCUGUGUGUGGACGGUGGAGGCCCUCUGCUGGACAAGCCACACGUAUGGGAGCAGCAGCAUCACAGUCCCAGGCAAAACAUGAGCCUCUACUCCUCCUUCCUCAUGCGCCCGAGCGUUUCCUCUCAUGACAUCCUUUCCGAUGACAGCACUCCCACAAAACACCAGCAGAGCGGGCGCAAAAGUGGCGCUGGCUUGUGGAGAACCCCUCUCCUCUCACAAAAUCAAACGCCUUCAGUCCAGCCAAUACGCAUAGACAUCCCUGUAGUCAGAGCCGUGGACACACAGUCUAAUCCUCUGCUCACCACCUUCCAGCCCAGUUCGACUUUGCUGGCGGUGAAGCUGAGCCAAAACCUCAAGGUAAAUGUGGCUCAAGGAAGGCAAAAAGAGACUUCUCAAAUCCAAGAUUGUCACAUUUACGCCUGUCCAACUUCUGCAACUAAAAAGCUGCCACAACCUUGCCUUUCACCUCAGCAGCAAAAACCAAUCAUACACAGGGAACAAACAGCAAAGCCCCAAGUGAGCAUCACCCCGACAAAGCACGUCUCCUUUGAGAAACUUCCCGCUCAGCAGAAACCAGGUGCUACCGGUCCCGUGAGACAAAAAGACCCUCAGUAUUUCACUAUGAGUAAAGAGGCCGCCGAGGGCAAAGGACCGCUGGUGGAUCCAUGGAGGAGGGAAGCGCGGGAGAAGCUGGAGGAGCAGCAGAGGCUUCAAGUGGUGGAGCUUCUGGAGCGGGAAGUGCAGGAGCUGCAGGCCAAAGCCAGCCGAACAGCGGUGGAGAACGACCGACUCCGCAAGCUCAGCCUGGAGUGGCAGUUUCAGAAGAGACUACAGGAACUCCAGCAGAACGGAGACGAUGAGGAGGAGGAAGAUAUGGACAUGAUGACGACAAUACACCAGCUGGACAAGAGGGCACAGAGCAAGAGGAACUCUGGUGGAAAAGAAGACAAUGAAUCCAAAGGGUUGGAAAAGCAGACGAAAUCUCAUCUUUCCCGACAGGAAGACGAGGUGAAGACAACCACAGAUCAAAGAUCGAGUGGACUGGCUCAAGAUGUUCAUAACAUGGCAUCAAAAGAAAACCAGCAGAGGAAAAUCAAGAGAGCAGCAGCUCCUGAAACCCUCACAUUCAAGGAGCGCCAGCGUCUGUUUUCCCUGACAUGA